UUCCCGCAAUGUCUCCCAUCUUCUCAACACGUGGCGCCGUGCCAGUCGACAAGUGUAUCCCGCCAUGCACACCACGUCCAUCGAUCUCACCCCUCUUCUUCUUCUGCGUGAUCUGCACAAGGCCACCGUCGUUCUCGUUCCAUAUCCCUUCAUCAGUUAUCGCUUUUGAAAGUCCAAACGCACGACCCACAAGUCUCAGAAUCGCACAACACACACAGACUCGAGAGAGCUAACAUGGCUUCAGAUCAAGUCUCGCGCAGAAGAGAGAACACCACGACCGAGCGAGAGAUCCACGUGGAGACCGACAAGGUCCCGAAGAUGACGAUCCACUUCGAGUCCCUCGCCGACAAAGCUCGAGCCUCGGACCCGGCCGGCGGGAAAGAGACUCCGCACGGCGAGGCCCGGCCGAGGGACGGGUCGCUGGAGCGAGAGGGGAGAGAGACCGCGAGACAGACGGAGACGAUGGCCCGACAAGAUGGAGAAGGGAUGAGGGAGGAGGAGAAGGAGGAGAGGAGUGGUGACAGCAAGCAGCUGGAGUCUUUGGCGGAGAAAGUGAAGACCAUUGACGUGGGAGGUCAAAAGGGGGGUCACGAGGGUGGUGAGAGAGGGGGUCGUGGGACGAGAGGAGAGUCACUGGCGGAGAAGGUGGAGAAGACAGAGAUUGGCGGAGCGCCCACGAAAGGAGUGAGUAGGGGUGAGGAGGGAGAGAAAGGGAGAGAAAGAGCAGGUCAGGAGGGGAGAGAGAGGAGCGAAGGUGGUCGUCCACAUCGCGAGGAAGGUGGAAGGAGGACAAAGAGUGAGACUCUUCAAGUUGAAGAGAAAGGAGGCCAAAUGAGAGGAGAAAGUGCCGCAGCAACGGAGAGAAAAGGUGGCGAGGAGAUGCAGGGCCAAAAAAAAGGCCAAGAAGAAGAAGCACAACCUACUCUAGAAGAAGUUUCGAGAUUAAGAGCAUUGGCCCAGCAGAAUUCGAUGGAUAUACUAAGAGCUGCAGAGGAGCGCUAUAACCAAGCCAAAGAACAAGCAAAAGUAUUCGCGAACCAAGGAUUCGGUAAAGCAUCUGAGAAGGCCGCUCAAACAAAAGACACGUUCCUUCACGGUGCUCACGCCACGACCGAGUACGUGGCAGAGAAGGGUGCGGCCGUCAAAGACACAGCCAUGGAAAAGGGUCAACAGGGUCUUGGGGCUGCAAAGGAAACCGUGCUCAGUGCUGGAAAAACUGCUAGGGACUACACCGUUCCAAAGACAGAGCAAGCUAAGGACUACACGAGCAAGCAGAUGUUUAGUAGAACCAUCAUGCAAAUUCUAGAAACAGAAGGUGCUGAACAGGCCAAAGGUGUAGUCACACAAGCCAAAGAAAUGGUGGAAGGAGGGGCUAGAAAGGCGAAGGAGAGUACCCAGGAAAUCCUCGAGGGAUCAACCAAGGAGGGAAAGACAGGGACCGGCGAGCAGGUUGUUCAGGGCAAAACAGGACACAGAAAGACCGAGGAGCAGCAGCCCAGAGGCAGUGCACUGGCUGAACAGCCCAAAGGUGUAGUCACACAAGCCAAAGAAAUGGUGGAAGGAGGGGCUAGAAAGGUGAAGGAGAGUACCCAGGAAAUCUUCAAGGGAUUGACCGAGGAGGGAAAGAUAGGAACCGGCGAGCAGGUUGUUCAGGGCAAAACAGAACGCAGAAAGACCGAGGAGCAGCAGCCCGGAGGCGGUGUACUGGGUGCAAUUGGCGAGACUAUCGCGGAGAUUGCGCAGACAACCAAGGAGUACGUGGUGGGCCGGGAUGAGCCAGGUGGCGAAGAGGCGAACCUUGCCUUCUCGGCCUCCUCUACGGAACCUAGCAAGCAAGGAGAGCAUAACCAAGACCGCAGUAAAUAGAGGUUGGCCAGGGAAGGUUUCAUAGCUGUUUCGAUUUAGGAUGAAAAGAGGAACGUAGGGUUGAGAGGUGUGCCACGGUGAAACGGUGAGGAAGUAAGAACAAGCGAAGUAAAAUAAAACAGUCUGCUAGCUUCUGUUCUAGUGAACUGGUAGAUGUACAGUUCAGAGAAUGUUUGUUGUAUGUCUUUGGUGAAUUCCCGUGUAAUCUACGAUUCUGGUGUAGUUCAAAGUU